GUGUCUUAUUAUGAAAAUUUUUAAUGUGUGAGGGGUGCUCUUACUUGACCCGUAGUGGAGCGUAAGUGAACCAUCUGUGGUGAAGUCGCAGGCCGCUAGGCCAGGCGCGUCUACCUUACCGCCAAUUGCCGCCUUUCCUGGUUCUUAAGGUGUCACAGCUCUCAAACCAGCAACAACUCUUGUCUAAUUCUAGUCUCGAAUAAUAAUAGUAAUGUGGUUUGAGGCCUAGCCACCUGACUCUAGUUGUGUGUUGUGAUUGUGUCCGUGGACUGUGUGUUAAUUGAGCCGAAUAGCUAGUUAAGUGAUGUAGGUGAGACGAACCAAAAAUCUAAGAAGGCAGAAGAUACGAAAACGAUCUUUCUGCAGUAGGGCACAUCGAGGCCGUUGCUGGUCGUCGCUGCUGUUGCUCCAAUCCCACCGGGCGCGCCCUGAUAAAGUGCACAAAUAAUUCCAUUCGGCUGGCAUGCUUAAUUGAGAUUCACCCUUUAGCUUUCGGGCCAUCUGCUUUCGUGCAAAAAUGGACGAAUCUUCUGCAGGUUCAGUAGAAGACCUCUACGGCGGACUGUGUCCUUUAAUGAAGACCGAUAAAAACGAUACAGAUUGUUUGCCCUCACAAGCUCAGACUGGAUACUCCUUACCAGCGACCGAUAUGCGUAGCCAUCGUGUAAAUCAAUGUGAAAAUCAGCGAAACCAAGAAAAUGAUGAAACUUCAGACCAAGAUGAAGACCACGAGGAUGAGGAUGCCCUUAUCAUUGACGCACAGCAGGAAGACCCUGAGCCUACGACUGAAAUAGCGCCGGGAGGAGGAGGAAAUGUAAUCAUAGAGGGCGUAAAAGAUCCUUCCGUCUUUGCUUUUCCCCGCACUAACUACUCGGAGGACUUCGCGGCUUUAGAGUCAGGGGAAUGGCGCCUCCCAAGCAGUGCCGCCGAGUGUUUGCCUGGCGAAGGGUCUCUCAGCGUGUGUCUUGACCAAAUACAAGGUGUUUCCACUUGUGUAACUGGGGACAAUGCGGCACCCAGCACUCACACAUCCAGGAAAUUCUCCUUAGAAGACGAUGGAGAUGGGGAGCAAUCGGAUGAUUCUUCCGUGGCUGUUAACCUUGAAGGUGACACGGACCUUGAGGAUGAGCCGCCGAUACCAAGCGAGGGGCGAUUCUCAGAAGAUCGAGACGUCCAACGCGAGAAACCAUACAACGCGGAAGGCCAAACGCAUCAUUUUGGUGGAACAAAGAAAGAAGAAGAUGCCCUCAGUGCCCUCAACAGUGUUUUGGACAUACUCUGUAAGAGUAAACAGGAAAACACGAAAAACCAAAAUGAGUUUGAAGACGAGUGCGAACACGAGGGGGAUCUUGAAGCGACGUACAAGGGUCUUUACGAAAAUCUCGAAGAACUCUCCAGUGGAGAAAGCUCGAUUCCGAAUGAUGCUGAUUCUAAUGAUGCGAUGAUAGAGGAUUUACUUGAAGCAGCGUCGGAAGUUAGUUCCGGUGAAGAUGAGAUGCUGAAACGGAAUGAGACGAUUUUGGAACAUUCCGCCGAAAUGAAAGUAGAGAGGUCUUUUGACAAUAAUGGAAAGGAGAACGGAACUAAUAAAAAAGAGGCAAUGAUUGCAAAGCCCGGCGUUACAAGCGUUAGUAGAAAAGAGGACUGCGAUGCGGACACUGAGCCUACAGCCAGCACUGGGAUUUUGUCAGAUGUAAAAACAAACGGUAUAGUGUCAUCGUUUAAAUUAAAACGCAAGACCGGUCUAGAGGAAGGGGAGUUAUCAGAUAGCAAUUCUGAAGCAUCGCAUGCGUCACGUCGUAUACAUCGUUUAAAGCGGAAAAGACGCGAAAAAGAACGCGCAAGCUUGGGAGGUUUAGGACUCUCGGGUGGCCGCGUGCUAAAACUAACGAAGGUGACGAAAGUGUUGAUCGGUGCUGAAACUCGUUCUUCACGCACACGUACUGUAAGCCCUUUGCCGAGCCGCCUUAGCCCUGGACUCAGUGGAGGUUAUUCGUCCAGUGAUAGUGACAGCCCGGUUAAAGCGCCACUUGUUCUUGACCACCGAAGUACUCUCAUAAGGAAAAUGCUUGUCCUGAGCCCUUCUCCACUGAGGGAAAGCAAUAACAACACCCAGUCUGCCCAGUCUACUAGCGCAACUCUUACCUUAGCCGCCACGACAGUAUCGACGGCCCCUGCAGAACCUGUGGGCCCGUGGAAAAAGCCUUCGAGUAGUUCGAAGCACCGUAACUAUCGCCAGAGCGGGAAUGAUGUCACAACCACAAAUCACCUUCAAACGACGCUUACCGUUGUAGCGAGCACGGGUAGUGGAAAGAAGAGGCGACCAGACCGUGAAGUAUACCAGGUUCGUAAGCGACGAAGCAGAUCAAGAUCAUCCGUUGUUCGGAGCGGUGGCGGUAAAAGGCACUCGGAUACGCGAUCGAAACGUCGCAGUAAGAGAUCUUUAUCACCAGAAAGAGAUCGUGCUAGAAGUCGUUCGCCACGCCGUAGAUCCAGAUCGCGUUCUAGGUCUCGUUCGCCAACCGAUAAGCGGAAGAAAAGCAAAGUACGGCGUAGGAGCACAGAAAGGAAGUCAAAAAAGAAAAAGAAGGCUAGGGGGCACAAAAAGACAAGAGUUGGCGAUAAAAGUCGUAGUAGGUCAGUUAGUCCUCCCGCCACCCGGGAUUCAAGAGAGAUCCGCCGAAGAUCUCCUGAAGUGAAAAAGUCGAAGAAAAGGUCACCAAGUAGGAGUGCAUCUAGGUCACGCUCUCGAAGCCUCUUCUUAUCUGGAAGAGACUCAGCCGUAUCGAAAGAUGAUGUCGCAAAUAAGAAGUCGUCGAAGUCCCCUGAGAAUGCCAUAAAAAGGCGGAAGAGAAAGGCCCAUGACAAGCCUUUGAAGGAUCGAAUAGGAGAAGUUGUUGUUAUCGAUAGUAGCAGAGAAAAUAGCCCGGUUGGAGAGGGUGGCGAUGCAUCAGGAAAAGACAAGGAAGAGAAAGAAGUGGUGGAUACUGGCAAUAAGGAAACCAAGGAGAAACAAAUUUCUGCGAAAGGCGAGAAUCUCGUUAUUAACGUUAAUUUUAGAAAGAAAAAGUUGCUUAAUAUUUUUGGCGAUGACGCUUCGGAUGAGGAGCCCGCCGAGAAAAGUUUGAAAGAUGAUAAAGCUGCGACUAAGUCAUGUAAUGUUAGUCCAGCAAGUGGCAAAAAGGGAAGUCCUGUGAGCAAGGGUCCGCAGACACCACCUUCCAAUACUGCUGGUGAUGAGUAUGAUCCGUGCGAGCCGUUAGCAGACUCACCAGGUGGUGGCUCUGCGACCCCAACAAAUGAUGAGCGAGAUCAGCAGCCGUUACAUCAGUCACAGCCGACCCGCAUUCCAGGGUUGGGUUCCCCCUCGCCUCCUACAGGUGGAAGGGACUCACCGGCAACUCUACCAUCACACGGACACGGAAAACCCACAGUAGCAGUUUUGCCAAUAGUCGACAACAAAUCACCGCGCACAAAAGAUCAACGAGGCCGACGCUCUCCCGUGAAAAAUCAGCAACCACCCCAACCGCCACUACCGCCACCACAGAAUCGAGACAAGCCGCCAUCGCCAGCUCCACCACCUGCUCUUGCUCCUCCGCCUGUGCCAUCGUUCCUAUUCAGCCAACCGCCACCAGCUGUUCAACCUCAAUACAUUGUCAUGAACCCCUAUUUGGUCAAUCCGUAUCAUGCCAUGAUGCCCAUGCAAGCUGCCACUGCUCCUUUGGUUGCACCGACUGCCCCCGUUACGCAAGUUUCAUUAGCGACUGCUACGGGGUCAAGGGAUACUGGAGCACCUGCUCCGGAAGGCAGUCCUUAUUCGCCUGGAGAAAGUCCACUAUUCAACGAGCCUAUAACCCCGCCCACACCACUAAGCGCAGAAGAAACAGCAGGCGUAUCUCCUGUUGCCCCCUCAAGAACAAGGGGAGGCGGAGUUUUCGAUCAGAUUGCUGCCGGUGUGACUAGGCAGUCUAAACGGAAGGAAAAGAAAAAACACAAAGUCGUUGUGAAAACCGCCGGUCAACUUCUGGCAGAGUCAGGAGGCGACGGAGGCGAUGGUACUGAUAAGGAACGGUACGUCCGAAUGGAUGAAUCUCAGAUGAAGAUACUGGAUGAGCUGCCUUCUUCAGCUGUUGAGUUGCAAGUUAAAGAAAAAUUCCUUCAGAAACUACAUCGCCAAGAACGUGUCGUCGAAGAGGUUAAAUUGGCGUUGAAACCUUUCUACAACAAGAAGCACAUAUCUAAAGACGACUACAAGCUCAUCAUGAAAAAAUGCGUCCCUAAGAUCUGCCACAACAAGAACGGCGAAAUCAACCCUGCGAAAAUCAAGGCGUUAGUUGAAGGUUACGUCAAGAAGUUCCGACAUUCAAGCCGAAAACACAAGCAAGCGCCUACACAAACGUCGCAGAAUAAUACUGCGUCAGCGGGAGCUACUGGUAAUAGCUAGGAGUGACUGCCAAUAACGAGAAUUCGGGACAACAGGAAAAGGAUCCAAUGGAUUUGCAUUCUGGGUGUAUAUAUGGGAACAGAGAUACGACAAUUUGUUUUGGGCUAAUAGUUAUAGAAACGGACUUUUUUUGUACUAUAACUUUGUUCAUUGCCUGUACCACUGAUUCCUAUUUUUCUCCCCCUCACAAUUUUUCUGUGGCUAGAAGAUUCUGUUUAAAACAAAAUGUAGUCACAUUAAGCUUCUUCAGUAUCGCGCGAAGUUUUGGGUGGCGACUCCAGCUGAUUUACCAAAUUAUAAGAAGAAUAUACUGUAUAUAGGAUGUAUACAUGUGGACAGAUGAUAUAUAAAUAUGCGUAUACAAAACAAAUUAGUAGAUUGGAUGGACUACUAAGCAAAAGUAACAUUGAAAAAUAAUGAUGUUGAAACGUUAAUGGAAAGUCAACGAUUGUGAUGAUGACGAUGAACAGCAAGUAAAGUCGGAAGUUAAAGAUAGAACUUCCUUGGUAAUAGUACACAAUGAAUUAUACAGAAUACGAGCACUACAGGAGCUAAUAACACAAUUGUUAUUGUCACACUCAUCACCAUACCUCCGUCACCAUUUCCACCGAGCAAUGAGGUUAAGAUACACAGCGAAUAACCUAAACAGAACAACUGCUAAAUGUAAAGACAAGAAAGCCAUCGAGUCUCAGCUGUACUUCUAAAUUAUUAGUAUGUACAGCUAAGCGGUGGCUUAUGGCGAUGAGGAUUGUGUCAGGAUAAUUAUUUCGUUAAAUUAAUAACAAUCCCAAGCCUAGCAUGCAACAACGUUGUCGAAACAGAGGGGUUUCAACCUUAUUCUAAAGAUAUUCGCGUAUCAAUGAACUGAUUGGAUGAGACCUCACGAUCGACUUCGUUAACGUCGAUUGUGGUUGAUGCGGAUGACGACAAUUAUAGCGAUGGUAAAAACGUGACAUGUAGAGACAACGUAGAGUUGAGUAAGUAUUGAACUAAUAAUAACAAUGAUAACACUAUCAUAAGUAGAGAACGCACUUACGUCGUCGCCGUACGGGAGAGAAAACGCUUGAGCGAGCCUUCGGCAAAAUAUUUACGUGACAAAGCCGCAAAAAGUAAAUAAAUCAAUACAUUUCUAUUUUGUGGUGAAACACACUAUUGCUGAUGAACCAAUAUAUAUUGCUACGCUGAAGAUUGCUACAGCAGCGGCUUAUAUUUAUCUCGCUCGUUGAUAGAUUUUCUCUCUCUGUUAUUUUCAACUUUUCCGACCUUUUGUGUGAUUCCAAAUGCUGUAUGAUCGUAGGUAUUCGUGGCUGCCAUUGUUCACAGAAUUUCGUAGGAAUCAAACAAUUAGUUUCCUUCUGUAAAAACAAAUUAUUGAAGUUUUCAUUAAAUUCAUUUUUUUUUAAAUUCUAUUCACUUCGUAAUAGUAGGCUGAAUUAUUGUUUCUUUUUGUUUCGUGCGUUUUAUUGCAUAAUGACGGUGGAAUGAAUCCAAUGGAAUGCCGAGCGACAACCGAAUUUAUCCAGCCGCCCUGCAAAGCAUGAUGCCAACUGUUAAAAUAUGUGACAACGUGGCAAUCCUAUUCAUUUAUAUUUACAGUU